GGAUACUAUUUGGGACACGGUCGAUAAAGCUCGGACUCCAGACCCGAAGUGCCCCGAGCGUGGUGGGGGGCGGGUGAUGCAGCGCUGGGAGUCGUGCGCCUAGUGAUAUGGAAGGAGCGCAGAACGAAAGCAUGAGGGAAGUAGCGAGCGCGGCCAUCGACAGCGCCGAGGCUCAGGCGUCUGCAGCGGCGCCGGCCGAGCGGGAUGACCAGGACGACCCGGAGCACCCUCGCCAGCUGAUCCCGGCGCUGCUGCGCCAGUUUUACGGCCUGGGCUGGGUGACGGGCACCGGCGGCGGCAUCACCAUCCGCCGGGGCGAUCACAUCUACAUCGCCCCCUCGGGCGUGCAUAAGGAGCGCGUGCAACCGGCCGACCUGUUCGUGCAGACUGAGGACGGCCACGACGUGUACGUGCCGGGCCGCGGGCUGCGGCGCAGCGCAUGUACGCAAACCUUCCUGCUGGCGUAUCGGUUGCGCGGCGCCGGCGCCGUCAUCCACACGCACUCGGAACAGGCGCUGCUGGCCACGCUGCUGCACCCGGGCGGCGAGUUCCGCGCCACGCACCUCGAGAUGAUUAAGGGCGUGUACAGUUACACGCUCGGCCGCUGCCUGCGCUACGACGAGCGACUCGUGGUGCCGAUCAUCGAGAACACGCCUCUCGAGGAGGAGCUGGUGGAUUCGAUGGAAGCUGCCAUGCUGCGCUAUCCGGCGACGCCGGCCGUGCUCGUGCGCCGCCACGGCCUGUACGUGUGGGGCGACACGUGGCAGCGCGCCAAGGCCGUGACCGAGUGCCUCGAUUACGUGUUCCAGGUGGCGGUGGAGAUGCGGCGGCUGGGGCUCGACCCGGACCGGGCGCCGUCUCCCGCCAGCGGCAAUGGCCCCGGCAAGAGUGGUGGCAGUCCCGUGUAGGACGGCGGCGACGACUGAGAGAGGCCGACACUGCGGGCUGGCACGCGCCAGUACUGUAUGCGGGGUACGGGGUUACGGGGUAUAUGCUAGAACACUGCAGGGUUGACAGCAACUGGCUGAAGCUGAGCCUCUACCAGCCGGUUUUUACAAAACUGGCAGAACCGGAUAAAACUCGUCAGGCUGACGGACGACAACUGGCAGAACUGGGUAAAACUCGUCAGGCUGACGGACGACAACCGGGAGAACUGGGUAAAACUCAUCAGGCUGACGGACGACAACUGGCAGAACUGGGUAAAACUCGUCAGGCUGACGGACGACAACCGGGAGAACUGGAUAAAACUCGUCAUGCUGACGGACGACAACUGGCAGAAACGGGUAAAACUCAUCAGGUCGUAAGCGCAUUUGUGGUGAAUAAAGGCUUUUGAAAAGUGCUUAAGUUAUUUAGAAGUAUUAACACAGCAGUUAGUAAGAGCAAUCCACAGGUUGUUCAUAAGUGGGUGGCGGAAAUGCAUGGGUAGGAUGCAUUCGUUGACGAUGAGGUAAUAGUGAAUAUUCAGAACAGCGUGAUAUCAUGCACGUUGUCUUUUAUGCAAUGCAGGCGUACAUGGCAGGUUUCAGAUGAUAAAAAUGCAUAUGGUGAAUGCGGCAACAUUGUGCAUUGCCAAUCAUGCUUAGAAACGACUGGAAAAGGGAGCAACCUGUUAUCUAAGCAAAACACCGUUUUGCCUACACACCUACACCGCAGUUUAACUAAACGCUCAUCGGUUCUGUCAUUAUAUCGUUACAGUGCGAGCAUAUAUGCUCCCGCUGUAUAUGUUUCUUAAUAUACGAAACAUACAUGCAGGACAAACUUUUUGUUCAGCCAAACAUACUAUGCGUAGCUUUUGCUGCGAGCCAUAAUUAAACUAAAUUAGAAUGUUUAAUAGUGCUUCCGACUUCCGCCACCGUUUUGCAUUUGAAUAUACGCCUCACAAAAUUAUCGUUGCUGUCAUGAGCUUGUAGUUUUUAGCUAACAAUCAACAGCCCUCAUUAUUUUAGGAAGUACGGUCUAAACGACUCCAUGAAACUAACAUUGGUCAUCUAUAUAAAACUCCACGUUCCAAGUUGUUACAAUAAUCAUUGUUACGAUUUGUAACUAUGACUACACUUACGGUCGGUGUCCGGCAAAGAUUUGAUUGAGAAAAAUCGACUAAGAUAAGUCGGAUUGGAAAAAACCGAAAGGUUUUCGUACCUCGACGAUAGUAACGAAAGUAGAGGUGGACAAAAUUCGAAAGACCAAAAAUCCACACGGGCAACAUUCGACAGGAAUGAAAGCCAAGCCAUACAAGAUCAGGAAGGCAACCAAGACAAAAAAUUGUCUGCGCAUGAAGAGACAUUUCCACGAGGACGGUUACAUAGUUGAGCAAUUAAAUACCUUUGUGCACUACAAAUAAUGCAUGAGACAAUUUUCUUAAUCUGCUUGUUGAUGCUCCCAUGGAUUGUAAACGUAACCUUUUGUGUGCGACCGAAUAUAGCCGAGUGAACAGA